AUGGCUGGUGGAAAGCAGGAGCUUAAGAGAAGUAUAACCAUUAUACCUUGUUUUGUGUUUGUGGAGCUGGGAAUCAUGGCUGGCACAGUGGUGCUGGCUUACCACUUUGAGUAUUCAGACACUUUUCCGGUGCACUUUCAAGGAUUCUUCUGCUAUGACAAUACUUUGGCCAAACCCUAUCCUGGGCCAGAGGACAGUAGCCGAGCACCUCCAGUCCUGGUCUACUCUCUUGUUACUGCUGUUCCCACCAUCACGAUACUUGUUGGAGAACUGGCUGCCUUCUUCUUCCAACCCACAAGGCAUAAAGAGAAAACCAUCAUCUCGGGCGAGUGCUGUUAUUUCAAUCCUCUUCUGCGCCGCAUGAUCCGCUUCCUGGGUGUUUAUUCCUUCGGCCUCUUCACUACCACCAUCUUUGCCAAUGCAGGCCAAGUGGUGACCGGCAACCAGACUCCACAUUUCCUGUCAGUGUGCCAACCAAACUACACUGUGCUGGGCUGCCAACCACCCCCAGGCACCAUUUACGUCACAGACAAGGCAGCCUGCACUGGAAAUCCUCUCCUGGUCACUGCAGCCUGCAAGGCGUUCCCCUCCAAGGACGCUGCCCUCAGCGCCUAUGCGGUGGCGUACACUGUGAUGUAUAUCACACUGGUUUUUCAGCUGAAGGGCUCCCGCUUGGCCAAGCCAUCCCUGUGCCUGGCACUCCUCGGCCCAGCAUUCUUGGUGGGUGUGGUGCGUGUAGCCGAGUACCGGAACCAUUGGUCUGAUGUACUGGCUGGGUUCCUCACCGGCGGGGCCAUUGCCAUCUUUCUGGUGACAUGUGUGGUCAACAAUUUCCAAAGCCCUGUAUCCUCAGCCAAGAAAGUUUCUCCACCUGAAAAUCUACCCACUGUCCCAGUCUUGGGAUUGCCCUGUGUUGACAGUUCCCUUGACAAAUUAAGUGUGGCUCAGCAGGUGAGGGACACCCCAGAAGAACCGGAGUUUUCUACACUACUCUCAAGAGGUCUGGAAAGGCAGCUAGCACGAUCUCUACACUUGGCAGCACCUGGCAGUGCAGCAAUGACCCGUCCUUAUGAAAUCACGGAGCUGUGUUCACAGAGGCCACUUGAUUCUCAACUUUGUCUCUUCCCCUCCACCCCAGAUGUCCUCAUUCCCUCGCGGUUGGUCACAAGUGAAGUCUGACCUAAGAAAGCAUUCUUGAUAUGGAGCUAGAUCUUGGGGGGUGGGCUCUAACCUCAUACUCUCCAUUUCCCAACCUAUUUCUUGGACUUUCCUGGAAUCAGGUUUGUUAGUUGUCAUAACAUAGUUCUGGUUCUAUGAUGUGAGUGUGCAGCAUAGAUUGGGGAGGGAAAAUAAGGGUGAAAAUAAAACCCCAUUACUUUUUCAGUUGGUCUGAUGCCAUUCACCAUGUUGCCAACUGAACAUCAUUGCUAGGAAUGAGCUCUUGGGAUUUUGAUCACAGCUUGCUUUGCCAAGGUUCUUUUAGGAAUCCUUGUCAUUUGAUAAGGCAUUAUUUCCUUUACCGUUGAUUCCUCAAGAAAAAAGUUAGGUGCCAUUUCCAAAAAAAUAGCUCUAUCUUGGGAAUACACUGAAGAAGGCACAUUUGACCAAGAGAGGUGGUUUUGAUUGCAGGAGUUUUAGUAAAAGAAGUUUACAAUUAAAUUUGCAAAUUAAAGAUUUGAAUAGUCAGAAAAAUUAUUAAUUAAUCAUUAUGGUAGCUAAUAUUGUAUUUGAAGACCAGAAUUCAAGCAAAUAAGACAUAACUCAGAAUCUUAGGGCUGUCCUCUAUAGGCAGUUUUGACACCUUCUUGAUUGAACUAUAACCAAUAAACCUUGUUAUAAAAGUAAAUAAGAAUCUGGUCUCAGAUAUGGCCUUUGAUGAAGAACUUUCAGGUAACAUUGGAAUGAUUUUGGUCCAAGGCUUUGAGGAGAUAUAUGUCAUUAGAAAGACUGGAUUAUGGUCUAUGCUCAGCUUCAUACGAUCACUUCAUAGGAAAGGUUGGCUGAAGAAAAGUAAACUACAUGUGAUCCACAGCACUUUCUUCUGAGCUUAGUCAUCAGAAACAAGCAAUAACACUCCAGUUCAAAUAGAUUCUUUUUAGAGUCAAUUGUUGCUGCUUUCCAAGGUGUUAUCCUAGAGUCUUUCUGGAGCUCAAUGUGAAAACAUUUUAAACAUACAGUUUCAUCAGCUCUGAGCCUUGAUCAUUUGUCCCC